GUUUGAAAAGAAAGAGAAUUAUAUUUGCUCUGUUGUGGGCUCUCAUAAAAUAUAAUGGAGGAGCGCCGUUCCCAGAAGAAUAAGGCAAAGCUCUCUACAACUGCAAGUACUAACUCUGAAGAAGUGAGUAGUAAUGAGUGGGAAUUUAUAGAAAUGAGCGAGCAAGAGGAGGAUCUUAUUCGCAGGAUGUAUGGCCUUGUUGGCGAUAGGUGGGAUUUGAUAGCCGGGCGCAUUCCAGGUCGUAAAGCAGAAGAAAUUGAGAGAUUCUGGAUUAUGAGACAUGGCGAUGCUUUUUCUCUUAGAAGAACAAAUAAUCAACAACAACAACAACUAUUUGGUGAAAACUCAGGACGGCUCUCAAGUAUCAACUUCACAUGAAGUCGACUCUACCUGAAUUUUCAGCAUAGUAUUUAUAUCGUCACAUUAAAUUAAAUGGUGACCACGACUGUUGCAUAUAUUAAUAUGCAUGUUAGGCUUCGUUAUUUCCCAUAUUUCGCUGCCGGUAACCGGGUCAUGGUCCACCUGCUCCCUCUCGACAUUAUCCAUAUUUUAGGAGUGUAUGAGAUUAUCUAUACUCGCUAAACAAGUAAACAUGCA